AUGCAACAUAAGAAGAGCGAAACUCUUAGUAAGGAAGAACAGCAAGCAUUAAAAAGCCUAAAAGCGGAUAAAGACAUAAUCAUCCUGCCGGCUGACAAAGGCCGUUCCACAGUAGUGCUUGACAAAUCCGAUUACCAGAAGAAAGCUUUGAGUCUACUCGACGACACACAGUCCUAUAAACUUCUUCCAGCCAGUGAGAUGAAAAAUCUGCUUACUCAAAUAAACAAAAGCCUGGCAAAACUCAGAGCGAAUGGAGCAAUCACAGCUAAAGAUUGGUUUCUUAUGAAACCCUCUGACUCUGCCGCCGCGCGGUUUUAUGGUCUUCCGAAGGUACACAAAGCUAACAUACCUCUUAGACCCAUCGUCUCCCUACGUGGUACUCCUACAUACGGUUUGGCAAAAUGGAUGUUUGCUCGUCUUAAGUUCCUGGCAGAAGGAUCGCCAACAACAGUGGCCUCUGCUAAUCAGUUCCUUGAACGUUUAAAACAUCUGAAACUAGAGCCAGAUGAAUCCAUGGUAUCGUUUGAUGUCGUUUCACUCUUUACCUCCAUUCCACAACAACUAGCGAUUGACGUUGUGAGACAACUCCUGGCUGACCGCUACAACGAGAGAGACAAUCCCCUGAAGACUGAACAUCUCGUGGAGCUCUUACGCUAUUGCCUAAAAACAUAUUUCACCUUUGGUGGACAAAUGUAUGAACAAAUCAAAGGCACCCCUAUGGGCUCCCCCAUAUCAGGGCUGAUUGCUGAAGUGGUUCUUCAACGGAUAGAACGCUUGGUGUUCACCAGGUAUCAACCAAAGUUCUGGGCUCGUUACGUCGAUGACACCUUCGUCAUUGUCAAAUCAUCUGACGUGGAGCACCUUAAAGAAUUACUGAACUCAGUUGACCAGAAUAUCCAAUCCACGAUGGAAGCCGAAACAAACAACCAACUUCCCUUCCUCGAUGUCCUUGGGCGUCGGUGUGCAUCUGGAGAAUUACAAACUACCGUUUUCAGAAAAGCCACCAACACAAGACAAAUACUGCACUUCAACAGCAAUCACCCCCUCUCUCACAAACGCAGCUGUUUCCGUACUCUCUUCCAAAGAGUUGAAACACACUGCAGCACACCAGCCGACAAAAGAGUUGAACGACAAUAUCUUCAUGAUCUCUUUCAAACCAAUGGAUACCCAAGCCACUUCAUCAAGCAAAGCAAGCGCCGAGUGAACAGACGACGGCCACAAGAAGAACAACCCGAAGUCUGGAGGGCUAUUCCCUACAUUAAAGGAGUCUCCGAAGCGGUUUCAAGACUGCUACAACCCGCCAGGGUAGGUAUUGCCCAUCGACCCCAGGCAACAAUUCGUCGCCGUUUGAUGCAACCCAAAGACAUACUGCCACCCACUGAAACCUCAGCAGUUGUCUAUCAAAUACGUUGUAAGGAUGGAGACUGCAACUACGUUGGGGAAACCGGACGGAAAUUGCAGACCCGCCUACAUGAGCACAAACUGGCAACACGGAGACUAGACCCAAACUCACAGCUUGCGGCUCACAUCGGGGAAACUGAUCACAGUUUUGAUUUUCAAGGAGCAGCCGUCAUAGGCAGAGGCACCCCAAGGACUGAGCGUCUCACUCUUGAGGCUUGGUACUCAGAUGCUAACUCCAUCAACAGGCAUCUAGACCUUCCUUCGGCCUAUAAAGUCCUACGUCACUUUAUACACCGUGACGAAGACAAGACAAUCACACGGAGCCUAAGAAUGCCGAGCAAACACGGCCUGUCGACCACUUCACCCAAAAGGGGAAAGCAAACGCAACCAACCCCAAUUGAGGUGACGACACGUAUUACAGGAGGCCACCAACAUUCAUAG